AUGAACUCGAAUCAAGACCAGAACUUGAGCAAGGCCAUGGGGUCCGUGGUACUCCAAGUUGGUGCUCUCGAACUUCUAGCAAGGUAUUCCAUGAAUUCGGGGAGAGCUACAAGCGUUUUGUCGUCACUGCAUGAAUUCAGAGUACAAGAAGUAGAGAUGGCUGGUGGAAAACAAUGGAAUUGGAAAUAUUUAAGGGACCAAUUCGAUCAAAAAGACUUGGAAGGAUUAUACAGAAGAUACGAUGACAAAUUACGCGAAACUUUAAUUUAUAUUUAUUUGAGUCUAUUAAUAUUAUUCACCACCGUACAUAUAAUUUUUGUUGUUGCUGGUACAGUAACGGAGCAAAUACAAUCAGUGUCUACAUUUCUAACAAUGGGAAUGUACGUUUUAAGGAUAGCAGUGCCGAUAAUAUGCCUGUGGAAGCGAAUUUACUAUCCUCUAAAGACAAAAUGCUUUUGGAUGCCGAUACUUGUCACGUUUGUUAUUACUUUAAAUCUUGUUUUCACAGAUGUUAUCAUCAGUGUCUAUAGUUAUUUUGAAGGUAUUGCUUUAAGACCUGCAUACGCGACGAUGGCACUGCUUUCUAGUUACAUCUUCCUUCCAAUAAGAAACAACUUCUUAGUUAUUUUUCUCGGUAUUUUGGUCAGCACUAUCUACGUUUUAGUUUACGGAUUCUUUUCAUACGAAGAAACUCAAUAUCUUGGUGCUGUUGUUUCAUCGGAAAUAAUUUACUUGAUCGGGGUGAAUCUCAUGGGCAUAUAUUUUAGACUUAUGAAUGAAAUAGUUACCAGACGAUCAUUUUUAGACAGGCGGGCCUGUGUAGAAAGCACCCUCCGAUUGAAGUUUGUCAAAGAACAAGAGGAACGACUUAUGAUAAGCAUAUUGCCAGAACACAUUGUGUCUAAAGUGCGACAGGAUAUAAGAACCAUGUUCUUGGGUCUCAACGAACAUCCCAUAAGACAAAAUAUGAAAUCUUUCAACCAGUUGUAUGUUGAAGAACAUGAUAACGUAAGCAUAUUGUAUGCAGAUGUGGUUAACUACACAAUGAUAUCGACUACGUUGUCGCCCAUGAGGAUGGUAGAACUACUCAACGAAUUAUUUGGUAGAUUUGAUGAAGCUUCUGAGGAAUACGAUGUGUUAAGAAUAAAGUUUCUUGGAGACUGCUACUACUGUGUCAGUGGUAUACCGAAGCCCACCAACCAACAUGCUAAGAACUGCGUGGAUCUUGGCCUGGAGAUGAUACAUAUAAUUAAAGACGUGAGAGAAAAACGCUCAUUAAACAUGGACAUGAGAAUAGGUGUCCAUUCCGGUAAGAUCCUAAGUGGAGUAAUCGGCAUUAGAAAAUGGCAAUUUGAUAUUUGGUCCAAGGAUGUGACAAUAGCAAACAGAAUGGAAUCUACGGGUAAAGCAGGGAAGGUUCACAUAACAAAACAAACCCUGGAAUUACUUUUGGAUUAUGCCAGGGAAUAUAUAAUUGAACCAAACUAUGAAUCUCAAAAUGAUUCUUUUUUAAUGAAAAAUAAGUUGGAGACGUAUCUGGUAUCGAGGCCGGAACGGAAUGUCGAUUAUAAACCGUUUCGAAGGGCAUCCGUUGGAAUGAACAAAGUCAUAACCAAAAGUAAUACAUCUAAUAGACGAUCGAAAACAAGAAGCUCUAGCCAAUUUCGAAGGACGACCACGUUUAUGGAUGAUAAUUUGGUCGAAUAUCAACAGAUGCUUAAAGCCGCAGAUGCACAAAUGGCUAAAGAAAUUGAAGAUAUGACUAACGGCAAAGAACAUUUCCGCAAUGAAUCAAAAUUGAACAGAUUUACGUUGAUGUAUAGAAAUUUUACUUUGGAGAAAACGUUUUUGUUACUACCAGACCCACUCUUUAAAUAUUAUAUUACAUGUUGUCUUACAACAUUAAUAUUGAUAUUACUGAUCAAUGGAUUGACUACAAAUUGCUUCGGUCUUGCUGCUACGUCGGUAGUCAACAUUAUAGAAUGUUCAGAAGUACAUGUACCAGCAGCUGAAGCUGUUCUCUCGAACUGCAUAUCGUCGUGGCAUGUGACACAAUGUUGGAGCUUGGCUUUAUUAUUGAACUUUUUAUUUAGCAGAGUAUUUUUUAUUUUCAAGUGGAUCGUAGCUGGAGCUAUGACCGUAUUCUAUUUAUGGGUAGUCUGGGAAAGAAGAACAGCAUUUUUCAGUAUCGAUACUUCCUGGAAUGUAGGGCUGGAUCCCAGAAUAGCACAUACACUUUCUGUUCUUAUAAUUACUAUUACCCUUUACUGGAUAGACAGAACUACUGAGUACAGAAAUAGAUUAGACCAUUUAUGGCAACUCCAAUUAAGUGAAGAACAAAAAGAAGCAGAAACUAUGUUGAAAGUUAAUAAUAUGCUCUUAGAGAAUAUACUUCCAGCUCAUGUAGUUCAAGUUUACCUAAACCUCAACCGAUCUGUAGAUGAGCUUUAUUAUGAGAAAUAUGAUAAUGUGGCAGUAAUGUUUGCAUCGUUGACUAACUACAAACUGGGAGUGGGAGGAGAUGCUGACAUGAGCGAUAAAUUCCUACUAAGUAUAUUAGAUGAAAUCAUAUCGGACUUUGAUAGAUUACUACUCACGGGUGCAUCAAAUUAUAAAGUGGAAAAGAUAAAAAUGGCUGGGUGGACUUACAUGGCCGCAUGUGGUUUAGAUCCAAGUAGAAGAGAAUCUAUGGAUUCCGUAUCUUUGCAAUACCCAACCGUGCGGAAAAACAGUACUCCGUACAACAGAGCUAUAGUAUUGACCAUGGUAGAGUUUGCAGCCGCUAUGAUGAUGCAAUUACAAAAUUUUAAUCGAGGGUCAUUUCAAAGUUUCGAGGGAUUAAAUAUAAGAAUUGGUAUAUCCAACGGCGAAGUGGCAGCCGGUGUAGUGGGAUCUCAAAAACCACUGUAUGAUAUUUGGGGACACGCAGUUAAUAUGGCAUCUAGGAUGGAUUCUACAGGAGAUAGUGGUAAAAUACAGGUCACAGAAAACACUGCCAUUAUCUUGGACGAAUGCGAUAUCUUGACGACAUGUAGAGGUGAAACUUUCGUAAAAGGAGCAGGCUACAUUAAAACUUAUUUUGUGCCACUUGAUGAAAACUUCAACUUGAUUAUGAAAGAAAACAGCAUGAACUAUUACAGGGUUCAGGAUAGAGCUCGUUAUUUUAACAUUAGGAAUAGCAUGUACAGCGAUAAUUUAUACGAGAUAAGGAAGAUGUCUUACGAUAGCAUAGGCAGUUAUAGUUAUAUUAGUGACACUGGAACAGUGACGUACUAUGAAAAGAAAACAUCUACAGCGAGUGAAGACACUAAUAGUUUCAUCAGCAUAUUCACAAGUCUCAUAAUGGCUGACGAACCAGAAUCUCAAUUGCGUCGACGACGAACAUCAGCAAAUUCUAAUUUACCUCUUCACCUUGACGUAGAAUGUAUGAUCAGUGAGGGUGAUCCUGACUAUUCGACUCCUUCGCCAAGCUGUAUAAAACGUCUAGUCAAUACCAAACAAAAGAAUUCAUCCUCCGCACUCCUGGAUUUUAAGAAUAAGCAACAAUCCUUUGACAUUCAAGUAGAGGAAUGCGAAGAAGAAGAAAUAUUCAUAGAGAGUGAAGACGAGGAUGCAGACGACCCAGGCGAGGCGUCAUCAGCUAACCGUCCGUUCACACCGACACCAAUACAUGAUUUUGCUGCCAAUGUUGUCUACACUGAAGGUCCACAAACUUCGGACUUCCUGAGGGUAAACGCUGUAGAAAACGACUGCUAUACGGAUGUUUCGGAGGCGAACAGCGAUGAUGAAGCCAAUGAAGAAUAA